AUGAGUGAGAAAGCGAAAGUCCACCAUGGAGGUCUGCGCGCCGGCGGGAGGCAGAGAACUGAGAAGGCGAGGCCGGACGCCAGGAAGUUCCGCGGCGUGUCCCAGCAGCCGAGCGGCAGGUACGGGGCGCAGAUCAGAGAGUUCAAGGGGAAAGCUCACACUCACACAUGGCUCGGCACUUUCGACAACGCCGAGGACGCCACCAGAGCGUUCGACGCCGCGGCCGUGGCGCGGCGCGGCCCGGCGGCAAUAACCAACUUUCAGCAACCCGUCGCUGUUGAUGUUCAGGACUGGGAGGCGCUGAUUGCAGCUGCAACUCUCCAGCAGAUGUCGCUAGCUGGCCAUGGAGUCCUUUUGGCUUGA